AUAAACACAGCAGACGCAUUUUUGGAAGUCAUGUCUUUUGCAACCGUGUUUCGUGUGUUUUGUCGACCAGCUUCCAGAUUCCAACAUCUUAAUAAUCUCAGAAAUUUAAAUGUGUCCAAAAGGCUCUCUAAUGUUCAAGGCUGCAAUAGAGUAUCAGCGUUUCGCUUUUACACCACUGAAGUUGACCCUGAUGACCCAAGAACAGUUCCAGAAAAUGAAUGGGAAAAACGUCUCACACCAGAGCAGUAUGCAGUUACCAGAGAAAGGAAAACUGAGGAGCCAUUUAGUGGAAGUUAUUUGAACCACUUUGAAAAGGGCACUUAUCAUUGUGUAUGUUGUGAUGCGGAGCUUUUUAGUUCUGAUGCUAAGUAUGACUCCCAUUGUGGUUGGCCCUCCUUCUUUGAGGCUGCUGGAACUGAAAACGGUGAUGAAUCACACACACACAUUUUACGUCGCCCUGAUAACAGUAUUGGAAUGGUACGCACAGAAGUUAUAUGUAAAAAUUGUGAUGCCCACCUUGGCCAUGUUUUCAAUGAUGGGCCAGAACCCACUGGACAAAGGUUUUGCAUCAAUAGUCUUUCACUCAAGUUCAAGUCUUACCGACCUUAAAGUGAUUUUUCGCAAAGUACCAAAGUCAGAGUUACUUACUGGAUAAAAACAUGUAACUACUAAAAACAGCAUGUAUUUCUAGAAUCAACCUUUUAGAUGUACAUGUGUAAGCAAGUGACAAUCCUGUAGAUUUUUUAUGUUAAAAAUUUGUUUAUGUUAUAUAUGCCUGGCAGCAAAGUGCCAUAUUCAGACAUUUUUUCAUAUUACAUUAGAUGCAAAAAUAAUUUCAGAAACAAUGUUGAAUAUUUGAAAUUCUACACAAUUUAUCUUUGAGCUCCAAGAUUGUGUUCAUCUAGCUGAUGGUUAGGCCAUAUAAAGUUUCUGAUUCCCCUGGGUCAAAAUAAUUAAUUUUUAGUGUAAAAUAAAAAUCAGAUUUACAUUUAUAUAAUUUGUUUUUAGUGUAGGAAUUUCUAAUGUUUUGGGGUAAAUAUUUACUUGUAUAAGUUCAGAUGUGUGUUCAAGACUGCAUGAAAUGAAGUAGUGUCAAUUGAUUUUGAAUGUUCUUUAAUGCAACGUAACCACUUUUUCAAGGAAGGAGGAGGGGGAUUAAAAAAAAAGUGACCUUAAGAUAAUUGGAAAGAGUGAUUUUUUAUAUCAAAAUAGGCUAUAUGAUGAACGUUUUUAUGAUGAGAAUUUUAUUCAGUCUGUGUUUUCCCUAAGAACCGCUACUGGGCAGAUUGACCACUUCAAUUGAUAAAUAUGCCGCUUUGAAAUUAAAAAAUCAAAAUUUAAUUGUUGUAAGGUCCACAGAGAUUUUUCAUAAACUUCAAACAAAAGCCUGUUACAAUUGAUCUCUAAUCCUUUACUUUGAAAUAAAGGGAAAACACUGUUCAGUUGCAGUUUUUAGUCAGAAUCUCUUAUCAUUACUUAUAUAUGUCAUAUAAAGUUUUUUGCUUUUUUUUUAAGUUUACUUGAAAGAAUAGGGAUAAGUUUCUCUUUCUUUUCAAAUACAGUAAAACUUGGUUAUAGCUGCUAAGCAAAAUCCUGAGGACCUGUGAACUUACUUCACUAUAUCCAUAACUCAUUAUAUCCAUAUAACAAUUUCAUCAAAGUAUAUAAAUUGAAUCAACAAUAUACAUUUUCCCCUCAAAUAUGAAUACCAAAUAUGUUCAGGGAAGUAUUACAUACAAAACUUUUCUUGGAGUACAAAAGUUUUUCUGAUGAAUUGAACUUCAAAUAUAAAUACUUGAGAAAAAUUGGUCAGUUUAAUAUUUUAUAUUUUAAGAUAUGUAAAAAUUUGUUAUAAAAAGAUAUUUAAGUUUCCUUAUUUUUAACCUCUACAGGACCUUACAUCUUAAAAUUCUUUGUAUUAGAGUUCAUUAUAACCAUAGCAUUUUUUGAAUAAUUAAUUGUUAAGAAUUUUGAUGGGGAUCCCAAAAAUUGUCACUAUAUCCGUAAAUUUUCUCUAUCCAUGUUCGUACUAGAUGAGUUUAUUGUGCUAAUCUCUUGGUAGUGCAGAACCGCAAACAGAUGAUUGUAUUUUCUAUAUAAACCAGUUAUCUGUGUUGCUAAGGUCAGUCCGAAAGAAAAUUAAUGAAAAAGUGUGUCCAUAUUUAGGUUGUCCUGAUCUAUAUGCUGUUUUAUCUUUUUUAUUUUUAUAAAAAUCAAAAGGUUAUAGACUAUUUGUUUAUAGAAUAUACCACCUGGCAUGAAAUAUUCUGGUACAGUAUUACAUAAAUUUUGAACCUUUGAGUGGCUGUCAUGUAGUAGCCUACAGUGAGAAAUUUGAUGCGGAAUUUUUAAAAUGCAUUUGGAAAUUCAAGGUCUAUUGUGAACUUGAUUAUUGUUGAUAUAUAUGUAUAUUGUAAAAAGCACUGUGAUUAAGAUUUGGUAUAUUUACAUGUAUAUUUAGAGUAUUAUUUCCACAUAUAGAUGAAAAAUUCUGCAAGUAUUAUAUCAGUACUGAUAUCUUGUCUAACUUGCAGUACAACAAAUGUUAUGUGAAUUUCUCCCAUGUAUGACCAAAACAAAAAACAACAAACAAACAAACACUACUUUUGAUGAUUUUUUCAACAGUGUUACCUUCAUUUAAAGGACAUAUCUCAUGUUGCUGAAUCAUGCAGAAACUGAUGUUAAUUUUUUUCAAAAUGUUUGUAAAAAUUAAUCUGUAUGCCAAAAUUUCUCUAUUUUUCACAUUAAUUUAACAUUUUUGUUGACUCAAAUUGACAACCUGAAUGCAGAUAUGCUGAAAACAAUGAGGAAUGAGACAGCACUAGGGCAUAGAAUGCAUUACUACAGUUGAACUUCAGUAUCUCAAACACUGAUAUCUCAAUUACCAUUGAUAUGUUGAAUGGUUUUGGAAGUCCCAACCACUUAUUUUUUAAGCAUUCUACCCUCAAUAUCUCGAAUCUUCGGAUAAGUCUUUUCUCAGUCCCAUCAAGUUUGAGAUAAUGAGGUUUGACUGUAGUUGGUUGGACAUACCUACACUUGUAUCAUGAUUAUAUUCAGUCUAAAAAUAAAUCUGUUCUUUUUCUGCAAAUACAUGUAUAUAAUAUGAUAAAAGUAAUGUUUAUUCAACUCCUUGUCUAACACAACUAUGUAACAAUUAACUAAAAUUUUACUUCUUUUUUUAGUGUAAUUCAUUGACAUGUAUGAUAUGAUCUUUGGUAACUAUAAUACUGAAAGCAAACUUGUCUGUUCCAUUUUUGAAUGUUCCUUUUGAAUUUAGCAAGUUGUUUGUGCUUAUGGUUUUUGUUUUUUUAUUUUAUAAAUCCAUACCCUCUUAAAAAGUCCAAGCUCAGUUGUUUUUCAUUCAAGUAUAGACCCUUUUAUCAUCCAGUUUUCCAGAGAAGUGUGACACAUUUUGCUACAUAGCCUGUUGAAUUGCUCUGCUUUAGUUGGGAACAUUGUGUGAUGGGGAAAUCAGUUCUUUCUUGAGUAGUGAGAUGUAUUAUCCAGAGCAGUGGUCAAAAUGUGCUCUCUGGUGGGUUGGGAAGUACUUUGCUAUCUGGAGUAGUGGGAGACACUGUGCUGUCUUGAGUAUUGAGGCACAGUGUAGUGGGGCAUAGACUGAGUAGUAUUGUCUGGUAAAGUGAAAUGAUGAGCAGGGCAUGCCGCACUCUCUGGUGUUAGGGCCACAAAUCUGAGUAGUUGGGCAUAUUGUGCUGUCAGCAGAAGGGGGAGUACUGUGCCAUGGAAAAUUGAUACUGGUGCUUGCCUAUUUCAUGGGCUUGAAUAUACAUGUAUAUAGUCCAACUGUUUUUGUUUGUCAGUCAUAGCUAAUAUGCUAAAAGAUUUGAAAUUUGUUAAGGUUGCCUUGUUUUACUUGUUUUAUUUUGUGUAACACAUAUUAUCUUUUUGUGGAUUUUAUUUGGGUAUAUACAUGUGUAUAACAAAUAAUUUAAAAAGAUGUAAUGAUUUCUUUGCAUCGGUGUACACCUUGAGUGAAUUAGUUGGGUUUUUUUUUUGUUUUUUUUUUUUUAGGACUUCAAAACAUUCUGUAAAUCAUGAGUGAUUUGAUUUUUUCAGUUAUAGUGACAUACCGGUUGAAGUUUCUUUUUUUUUUUUUUUGCAGAUGUGUUUAUGCAUCAAUAUUUUAUGUCUUGGAAGGAUUUUUUUGACAUUUGGAAAGUUUCAAUCCAACCUGUAGUGAUUAAUAUUUGUGAUUUUGUAAAUAAAGUCUCAAUCACA